CCGAAUCAGAUCCUGCUCCAGUUAAGAACUGCUGGAGAACACAUUGCAGACACCCUCGGGUCUGUCAUCGCUGGGGCAGUAAGUCCCUUGCAAGGCUAUUUCAGAGCUGGCUGAGCUUCCUCGCUUCACACAGAGGAAACAGAGGAGCUGGAGGGCUGAAAACCACAAACGAGGGAGAUUCCUCUGCCUGGCUUUAGAUCUUCUCUGUGAGCACUCAAGGAGGACCUGGCCUGGCAUGGAUUGUUGAGCUGAGCAAAGCUAUGUACCUGGAUUACUCUCGACGUGAUACCUUUAAGCAAGAGGGAUGACUCAGGUGCCUGCUGACUACGUGUCAACCACCAGCUCCUACAACUAUGAGCAGCCCCUUCCCACCGUGGGCCGGACAAGCACUGUCACCAAGGUACCUCCAGCCAAAAAAAUAACCUUCUUCAAGAGCGGAGACCCUCAGUUUGCAGGAGUCAAGAUGGCCAUCAACCAGAGAAGCUUCAAGAGCUUCAAUGCACUCAUGGAUGACCUCUCUCAUCGGGUCCCACUGCCCUUUGGGGUCCGGACCAUCACCACCCCGCGAGGCAUCCACUGCAUCAGCGAGCUGGAUCAGCUGGAGGACGGCUGCUGGUACCUCUGCUCUGACAAGAAGUACGUCAAGCCUAUUACCAUCACUGCUGGGGGACACAAGCCAGGCCCUCCACGGAACGGCCGGCCCUCCACUACCCUGAGAAGAGCAGCUCAGGAGGGCAAGUUGGAAGAUUAUUCCACAACCUUCACUCACCAUGGCCCCAGAAUACCCAAGAAAAUCACUCUAGUCAAGAACGGAGAAAGCGGUGUCCGGCGCUCCAUCAUCCUGAACCGCAGGAACGCCAGGAGCUUCAAAACCCUCCUGGAUGAGAUCUCAGAGAUCUUGCAGUUCCCAGUGAAAAAGCUCUACGCUGUGGAUGGGAAGAAGAUUGACAGCAUGCAGGCUCUGCUCCACUGCCCCAGCGUGCUGGUGUGUGCUGGCAGGGAGCCAUUCAAGCCCAUACCGAUGGAGAAUUUGAGGAAACACUCCGGGGAGAAGCUGCCUGAUGUAGCUCCUCGUUCGAACAGCAACAAUGUCCACACGAACAAUGACAAUAAUGGUGCACCUUUCUCAAACACCUUCUCCCACCCAAAGCCUGGGGACCUUGUCCACUCCUUGGUGAAUGAUGACAUAGAGAAGCGGGUCCACGUGAACAAGGACGGCAGCCUGUCCGUUGAGAUGAAAGUCCGCUUCCGCUUGCUGAACGAUGAGACUUUGCAGUGGUCCACCCAGAUCAGAAAGUCCAACCUGAUGAACCAGCUGCCUUGUGAGGAGUCAGGUGUGGAGGAGGACAGUGCAGUAGACCCCAUAGAGAAGAUGAACCCAGAAGCCAGCUCAGAGGCAGACGAGUCGCUGUAUCCUUGUGACAUUGAUUCUUACAUGUCAAAACUUGAGGAGUCGGAAUGUGAGGAGGCUCAGUGUCAGAGCUGUGGGAAGAAACACCAGGACUAUGACAUCUGGAAGAACCCCAUGCACACAGCCCAGAGGGCAGAGCCCGCUGUUCGAAGCACUUGGCACACGCGCUCGUCGUGCUCCAGCACAUCCUCCCGCAGGAGAGUGGUCCGUAAAAAAAUGGCUUCUGUGGACAGCCUCCGCACCACCUCCAGUGGGGAAUUCUCUGAGCACAUCGUGCAAGAGUGCUCAUCCUACUCAGAGACCAUAGAGAACAGAGUGGCAUAUAGAUCCAUUAAGCGAUGUAUGUGUCGGAGUGAUUUGUCUACAGGUGCUUCCAAUGGAGAAGACCAGCAAGAAAACACUCGGGCGAGCACAGGUAAUAGUCAGAGACCUUCAUCCUUGGGUUUAAUGUCACAUUCAAGCUGUGAAAACAACCUGGAUACCAAAGAUGCCCCUGAAGACCAUGAGGCCGGUAAAACCAGUUCACAAGUUGGAGAUGAAAACUGCUUUGAAGUUUCCUCUGUGAAAUGUUUAAAGGGUGAUGUAGAAGAGGUUGAAAGUGGCAGAGUUGGGAGUGCCAUGUCAAGGUCAUCUCUGCAGUCCAAACAAAGCAAGAAGAAUAUAUGUGAGGAGUCAAGUAGCGUGGGUAGGAGCAUGUCCUCCUCAAGCCUUCAGAAGGCAAACCAAGGAGAUAACACAAAAUGCUCCACUCCUGCCAGCAGUGUGCACAGCAGGUCUAGUAACUGCUCCACACCAAGAGCAAAGAGUGAACAGGAUGACCGCUCUGAUGACAACGCAGCGAUCUCCUCCUUCUCCAGUGAGUCCAACCCUAAGAAAGAGGCUGAAGAGGCUGAAGUAGAACAAGAAGAAAGUGAAAUCAACGAACUCAGCUCAGUAUCAGCAAAAACAAGGCCCAGUCAAUCAGUUAAAGAUGAGAGCAGUGAAGGUGAACGAUGCUCCACACAAGGCACCUCCCACUCCAGAGCUAGUGACAGGAACAACAAGAAAAGUGACAGCGAUGAGAACGCUCUGUGCAAUUUCUCUUGCUCUUCCAGGGGAUCCAAAAAGAGCAAGCACAGCCAUAUCCAUUUGGAUGCACGGUCUGAAAUGUCUGUGUCUUCCCUUGGAUCCACUCCAAACAGAAAGAAGAAUUCCCUACAUGCAGAUGAUAGGAGACCAUGCAGCAGGGCGUCUACUUACUCCAAAAGCUCAUGUGAAAUCAAGAAAAGAGCAAUCAGAGACCCCACAGCUCAUAACUCAGGAUCCUUCCAGUCGAACAUUUCAUCUGCUAGUGAAGCAGAGGCAAUGGCAGGUUUCACUGAGGAGAACAGCUCAAAAAGCACCACCAAUGCCUACAGUGAAUCCUCAAAAAGCUCAAAGAAGAGAAGCCACAGAGAAGAGACCAGCAAGCCACCAUCCUUCUGCUCAAGUGCUUCGUGUCCUAAUGGAAAACCUGGAGAGGGACACUCCCAGAUGAAUUCAGAGACCCCAUCUUCAAGACAAGGAAGCAUGAGUGAGAGUGUAUGUUCCAAAUGUGCCCCCGCGGCUGAGAGUGGGCUUGGGAAUGGAAAUCCUCCGAGUGUCUCUUCAAGAGUGUCUUCAAAGUCAGAAAUAAAAGAUCCAUGCUUAUUGACACAGACCUCCCAGGAAAGUGAUGAUAGGUGUCCACAGUCAAACAUGUCUCAGUCUUCCAAAUCGAGGCAGAUGAAAAGCAGAAACCUUCGCGUGAAGAUGUCAAACUCCAGCCGAGCAUCGCUGUCUGAGACUUUGUCAGUGCGUAGUUUGCAUUGCCCUGCCCCACCAAAAGCCAGGCCAAACAGCCAAAAAAGGCCUUCAGCCAUGCUGCAGAACUCCUCUGCCAGCAGCAUAGGCACUGAGUCGGCACAGACCACAGGGAAACAGCCAAAGGAAGUUUCAGAUUCCUCCAAGGCGACUUCCUAUGGGUCUAAAUCAACUGCGCCCAAAGCGAAUGGUCAGAAGAAGACUGCUGGUUCUGGUAGGGAAGUGGAGGAAGAGUUAGAGGGCAGGGGCAUGCAGGAGGAAAGGAGUGAUUUAAUACCAUCUGCUCUACCAAAUACAUCUCCAGAAGAAGUUGUGCAAGAAUGGUUAAGUAAAAUCCCUUCAGAAACGUUGCUUGUGAAAUAUGAAAUGGAGGAUUAUGCGGAAGAGGAAUCUGUAGAGGCUACCACUGAAGUGUCGUGCAGUACAAAUGCAGAGGGGACCUUAGAGGAUGAAAGAGCUGAGAAAAAUGAUGGAGAGGAGACUGAGAGUGAGGCAAAGGAUGAGGUAGUAAAAGAGACAGCAGGGGAAGCUGAAGAAGGGGCUGAAGUGGUGGCUGAGGAAGGAGAUGAAGUGGUGGCUGAAGAAGGGGCUGAAGAAGGGGCUGAGGAAGAAGCUGAAGUGGGGGUUGAAGAAGGGGAUGAUGAAGGGGCUGAGGAAGGGGCUGAAGUGGUGGUUGAAGAAGGGGCUGAGGAAGGGGAUGAGGAAGGAGCUGAAGUGGUGGUUGAAGAAGGGGCUGAGGAAGGGGCUGAAGAAGGGGCUGAGGAAGGAGCUGAAGUGGUGGUUGAAGAAGGGGCUGAAGAAGGGGCUGAGGAAGAGGCUGAGGAAGGAGCUGAAGUGGGGGUUGAAGAAGGGGCUGAAGAAGGGGCUGAGGAAGGGGCUGAAGUGAUGGUUGAAGAAGGGGCUGAGGAAGGGGAUGAGGAAGGAGCUGAAGUGGGGGUUGAGGAAGGGGCUGAGGAAGGGGCUGAAGUGGCAGCUGAAGAAGGAGCUGAAGUGGUGGCUGAAGAAGGGGAUGAGGAAGAGGCUGAGGAAGGGGCUGAAGUGGCAGCUGAAGAAGGAGCUGAAGUGGUGGCUGAAGAAGGGGAUGAGGAAGAGGCUGAGGAAGGGGCUGAAGUGGUGGCUGAGGAAGGGGCUGAAGUAGUGGCUGAAGAAGGGGCUGAGGAAGAGGCUGAAGUGGCAGCUGAAGAAUGCAUGAAUCAGGAAGAGGUCUCUGAAGUAUUGUCUGAAACUGCUAAAGCUGACCAGGCAGAAUGUAACCAGUCAGUUGCAUCCAGUCAAAAUAACAACAAAAGAGACCUGCCAGCUUCUGUCCAGACCUCCGUCCAGAUCAUGAAGGCUUUGCUCAGUUCAAAGCAUGAGACGAAAUUUGAUCGAUCCCACAGUCUCCCUGAAGUGUCCCCUACUAUGGGGAGAAAACUGAGUAACUCUGCCAAUGUUUUGAUCACCUGUCUUGCUAGUCUUCAGCUCCUUGAUGAAGAGUCAGAAGCUCCAUCAGAUAAAUCCAAAGGUUUGAACAAGCCAAGGUAUGUGGAGCUGCUGAACAUUUUUCAAGCCCUGUGGUUUGGAUGCACAGCUGAAAACAGUGAUCCGAGUUCAGGUCAAGAGGCAAGGGAGCAGAUAAAGACAGUCUCUGGGUUUAAAGCCCCAAAGUAUGUAGAUUAUGACUUCACUCCCAUGUCUUCCUCUGGAGUUGAUGUCAGCAGUGGUUCUGGUGGCUCAGGAGAAGAGAUUACAGCUGGAGGCAGGGACUGCUCUUUAAUGUCACAGAAAUAUGCUGGACUCAAAUCAGCUGGAGAAGGGGAAGAUGCAGAGACUGGCACUGAACUGACUGAGGCUGAGGAGCAGAGUAAAGAGGAAGAGCAGUCAACUGUCUGCUCAGAGUCACAGGGUGAGGAAAAAGCACAGACUACUAGAGAGGACUCCUUAGCUCAGAAGGCAGAGGAGAAUAAGGAGGAUGACUGCACUAACUGUGAAAAUGGUCAGGAGGAGGAGGCAGAAAAUGAGACCAAAGAAGACAGCACAUUAACUGAAAAUGGAGAACAAGAAGAAGCUGGAGCUGUGAAUGAUGAAGUCCCCCAAAAUCUUGAAGAGGAGGCUGGUCAGCUGGCUGCUACUGAUGAUGCAAACAUCAGUGAUGCAGGCUGUGGAACAGGGCUGAAACCUGAUGCAGAAGAGCAGCUUGAAAAAGCCUCUCCAGAUGACCCUGAGGCCAAAGUCAGUAUGGCCACCAGUGUGGAAACAUCACUUGUCCAGCAAAACUCAAUGGAUCCAGACCCAGUCUGGGUCCUGAGACUGCUCAAGAAAAUCGAGAAGGAGUUUAUGGCUCACUAUGUCACCGCCAUGAACGAGUUCAAAGUCAGGUGGAACCUGCAGAACAACCAGCAGAUGGAUCAAAUGAUACUGGAGCUGAAGGAGGACGUCAGCCAAAGGAUACAAAAAAGCAUAGAGAAGGAGAUGAGGAAGAUCAAAAGCAGGGCAGGGAAUAAGAUGCCGAGACCUCCGUCUGAGCCGCUCAAGCGCGAGUCGACGCUCCAAACGGAGCAGAGGCGGCGGAGGCUGCAAACGAUGCACAGAAGGUCACACUUCCACGACAAGAAUGGGACCCACACGAGAGUGGAGGACACGGUGGACCUAUCAUUUCAUGUGGCUGAAGAUGUGGCAGUCAGUGCAGCUUUUGAGGCCAGUUUCAGCAAAGAAGCAAGUGAGGAGGAGUACUGCCCAUGCGAUGCUUGUGUGAAGAAAAAGCUGGCUUCCAAGCCCCCCCGAAACCCAGUGGUGGCCACCAACGCGCCGGUGGUGAGAGCUUUUGAUUUACAGCAAAUCCUGAGGUUGAAGAAAAAUGAUAAUGAGGAAGGCUGUGAAGGAGAAAGGAAAGAAGAGGAGGAAGAGAAAGAGGAAGGAAGGAAAGAGGAGGGGGAGAAGGAGGAAGAAGAGGAAGAAAUAAAAGAGGAGGAGGAGGAGGAGGAUGUGCAAGAGGAAGAGCCAAAAGAAGAAGAGGAGCCAGAGGAGGCGCAGACAGAGGCUGCUGCUGAGGAAGAGCCAUCCACAUGCACAGAAGGUGCUGGUGGCUCAGAAACCAGCAGUCCUGAGGGAGAGAGUGCAGAAGGCAAUGAAGCUGCUGAGCAGGCCGGAGCUGAGGCUGUGCAAGAUGCAGAGCCAGAAGAUGGAUGCUCAGCCGAGGAGGAGAACACCAGUGAAGGAGGUGACAAAUUUGAUGAAGAACCUACCAGUGAUGAGCCUGACAAGGCAGGUGAGAAACAGGCAGACAAAGGCAACAAGCUUCCUAAGGUGACCUCGAAUGUCAGAGGCAGAAAAGGCAGCAGAAGGCUGGAGGCUCUGAACAAAGAAGCCUUCUCUUGUUACUCCUCUGUAGGAAACUUCUCACAGCAGUCCCAGAAGGGCUCUGAAGAUGAAGGUGAAGAAGAACGCAGUGAGGACAAUAACCCUGCAAGCAGCCACCCCAAUGGAGAGGCUCCAAGCAGUGAGAGCAGCAAACCCUCACAGAUGUAUCCUGAGAGUGAGGAAGAGGAUGAAGCAUCUUCGUGCACCGAUCCUUUAGAGGAUGAGGACCAGGCGGACACUGAAGGUGCAGACCCAAAGGAAGCUGAGCCAGCUGGUGAGGUCCAGGCUUCUACAAAGAAAGAAGACCCUGAUAAGAUUGACCAGGACGACCUGGACUUCUAG